AUGGCCGCAGAUGAACGGACGCCUCUCCUCAAAUCCGGCGCCGGGGCCGUGAAGCGGGUCGGCCGCGGCCUGUGGUCGCCCGCGAACCGCAUCCUCUUCGCCGGAUUCCUCGUGUCGCUCACCCUCGGUCUCACACAGGUCCCCAUCAUCUAUGUCUUCCGCGUGAUGGCUUGUGAGGACUUCUACAGCACGCAUCCGCCCUUCGACGGCCCCGCUUCGGAGCAGUGCAUGCGUCGCGAGAUCGACGCCAACACGGCGAGGCAGGUGUCGAUCCUCGGCAUGACGACCUCGAUAUGCGGCAUCUUCAACCUCUUCAUCUGCGGCGACCUCAUCAAGCGCUGGGGCACGAGAUGGGCCCUCAUCAGCCAGACCGGUCUGCUCGGCAUUCGUGUGUCGUGCCAGAUUCUCGCCGUAGGGACCGGUGGUAAGAGGGGGAUUGAUCUGAUGCAGUACACCCAGCUGAUCGGCAUUCUCGGAGGGCCUCGUGGCUACAUGUUGGUCUUGAACACUGCCGUCGCUGAGGUUGUCGAAAGAAGAAAACAUACGGGCGUCUUUGGUCGGCUGCAGGGUGCGGUCAUGAUCGGAACGGCCAUUGGCUACCUACUGGGAGGAAUCAUUGGUGAUGUUUUCGGCAUCGUCAGCCCAUUCGUCUCCGCCGUCGGCUGCUUCAUCGUCGCAACGACCUACGGUGCCAUCUUCUGGCCGUCAUCUCCUGCAGAGGGCAACGAAGCAGACGGAAAGACGACUUCAGGAGCCUCUGGCUUCCUGGCCCCGAUCAAGGUCCUCAUGCCGCAGAAGUACCGACUGGACAACGGAAAGGUGAUCAGGAACUACGGCCUAGUCUUCCUCGCUCUGGGUAUCUUCUUUGGUGUAUUCGCUACUGGCUACGCCCCGAUCCUCAUCCAGAUGUACGCCACCUCCCGCUUCCACUUCGGCACCACCGAGAACGGUAUCCUCAUGUCCGGCAACGCAUGGAUCCGCGGCAUCUUCUUGAUGUUCAUCUUCCCCGAAAUCAUCGAUGGAGGCCGACGGUGGUUUGCCUCGACGACUCACGCCGGGCCACUCCACAAGACUCUCACCGAGGAGGAGCGGAAUCUGAUCCCGACCCACGCCGAGGACAUGGACCCUGCCCCUGGCCUCAUGAACGCGAUCGAGCCGACAAAGGCGCCCCCUGAGGAGGAAGAUGAGGACAGUACCUUUGACCUGUUCUUUCUGCGCUGGAGUUUGGUUGUCGACGGCAUCGUUACCUCUCUCGCCGCGUGGGCGACUGAGGGCUGGCACGUUUAUCUCGCCGCCUUCUUGUUGCCUUUCGCAUCCGGCUCGGCUCCGGCCGCGAAGGGUGUGAUUACGGAAAUGUGCCCUCCUCACCAGCGGCAAGACGCCCUGAGUGCCAUCACUCUCGUCGAAAGUGCUGCGACUCUGACGACUCAGGGUAUCUUCGGACUCAUCUUUGCCAGUCUUUCAGAGAUUGGCAAGCCGAAUUUGACGUUUUUCUGUAACGCGGCUCUGGCUGUGAUUGCCGUUGGCGUCUUACUACUCGCACAUUACCCCCCUUCCAACAGUACUCGAGUCGACGAAGAAGUUGAAGAAACGAGUACACAAGAGUAA